UCUGAGUCUUGAGUUGGACGUCAAGCGAUCCUAAACGCUCGCUCGCUCGCUCGGUCGAAGACAGUCACAUUUUUGUAAAUUAUCUUUUUAUACAGAAAUUUUCUUUCGGAAAUAAAAAGAAUAAAUUUACAUAUCUAAGAAAUAUAAAUAUAAAAAAAUAAGACUAAGGAAAACAAUUAUCUGAAACCCACGUCUAAUUCGAAAAGAAAACGAACACUUCAUUGAAAAAUGGAAGUAAGUGAAAACGUAGGUGGAACCGGAGUGACAAAAAUGUCAGCUGCAGUAUCUGAGAACGCUCACGAGGUGAGCAUUGAAAAGACCGCAACAGGUUCAAUUGAACAGGAAAGCAGCCUGAAACGUAGCGUCGAGCAAACCGUUGAGAAGAGCGUGCAACAAACUUCAUCACAAUCUAUUCAAAAAUCUGUUCAACAAUCUGUGAUGGAUGAAAAGGAUACAAAUGUAUCAAAAGACGAAAAACCAGAAGAACCUGCUGAAACAACUUCAGCAGCCCCAACAAAUAACACUGACGCCAACCAAGCUACUCCUGAAGAGGAGCCUAAAGAGACUGAAGUUACAACCAAUGAGAAACCUUCAACAGAAAAAAAAGAAACACAAGUUAUAGUUGAAGAGGAAGAAGGUGAAGAAGAGGAGGAAGAGAUUGAAGUUGAAGUAGAAGUAACCGAUGAUGAGAGCCCGGAAGAUGUGAGUGUGGAGCAAACAAUUGUCAUAAAAAAAGAAGCACCACCACAAUCAACUAAAAAGGAAGAAGUGUCAGAAACAGUGUCCGAGGAUGUAUCGGUUGAGGUAACCAUAAAGGCUCCUCCACCAACUUCUCAGAAGUCGACUGAAGAAGUACAAGAAAAAACCAACGACACUGAAGAAAAAGUAGAGCAUGUUGAAGAGGAGACAGAAGAAGUUGAAGUUGAAGAAGAAGAUGCUGAAAAUGAAGUUCAGGAGGACAAAGAAGAAGCAUCUGCAGAGGAAGGCAAGGAAGAAAAGCAAUCACAAGCAGAGUCAACUACCACCACCACUACCCCCCAAAUCCAAACAACAGACACACCACAAAAACCCGAAUCAAAGCCCCAAUCUAAAGAAACUACACCGACUGAUACAACCAUCACCACUCAAAAAUCUGAAAAACCUGAACCUAUAAUAAACUUAUCCCAACAGGAAACAACCGAAUCUUCGACUUUGAUAACAUCAUCGACAUCGUCGAUCGCUCCAACAGAACAGCAACCAACACCGGUUUCAGUUUCAGUUCCAGCUCCAACACCAGCGGCUACAACGGCUCCUGUACCUACACCAAAGCCUGCUGAAACACCUUCGUCAGAAAUCAAACAGGACAGCAUUAAAAAUAAACUUAAAGAAAUUAUAUCUGAUAUAGAUCGGGUUGUCGAGCAAGAAGAGAAAGCAACCAUUGUUACAGCCUCAGCACAGACGGAUUCUGCUCCGGUAGAAAAAUCCUUUGAACCAGCCCAAGAGACAGCAAGUUAUGUACAAGCUCCGGCUCAUACCUAUCUACCACCGCAAACUAGAAGUUAUGCACCACCCCCGACUGAAAGUUAUGCACAAGGCCCAGCAACGAUCCAAUCAUAUGCACCAGUUUAUGCACCGACUUUGGCACCAGCCGAUCAACCACAAAUUGUUUCUAAAACACGAGAAGCUACUAGUGAAACUUCAGGAUAUACGACUAAAAAUGAAGUUGUGGAACGUAGCGAAGUUAAGGAUAAACACGGUUCAACAACAUAUAGUACAGUAACCACUACAACUAUAAAAGCAACUCCUCCAUCAUCAAUACAAUAUCAACCACUAGGCUAUCGUCAAUACCCAAAUCAACAACAUCAAUAUGCACCAUUUUCAGCACCAAAUAUUAAUAGUUACAUUUCGAAAUCACACCGUUCAAUGUCAUUACCAGUUUCUAAUGAGCUCAUUUUGGAGGAAUCAACCGAACCAGGUCAAAAGCCUGUAGAUCUGAAUAAAAUUUUUACUCCCGCAACCGAUGCAGAAGAAAUCCUCCCACAGAAAAAUCGAAAACUCUAUGCAUCUUCUGCAUUCUAUUCACCUACACUCCACCCUACUGUGGAGGAUCAGGUUGAAUUGGCCAGAAGGAUUUCGCAUUCACUGAGCGAUAUAAGCAAUCAACAAUCUAAGGGACAAUCGAUGUAUGUUAAUCGUAAAAAACGAUCAGUAAAAUGGGUUCACGAAGGAGACGGCAAAGCCGAUGUGGAACAAUACGAACAUAACGAAGAAACAAAAGAAAAUGACUAUCAAUCGAUGACAUCAUCGUCUACUAUGCAUGAGAAAUUCCCGCUCAAACUUCUGAUGAAUCCUCGAGGCCAAGUACAGGACUUAUCGUCUAUGCCACACCAAGGAUUUUCAACAGAUACAGGUUUACUUUCACCAGACAAAUGUGCCGAGCUUGUAACCGCGUUGCAUGCCCCCAAAGGCAAAGGGGCUGAGUUGUUCGCCAAACGCCGAAAGAAGUCCGAAAAAUGGAUCGUUGAUGAAACAAAUGCUGCUGCCCAUAGCCCAUCGGGUGUGCCUUCAUAUGGGCGGCCAAUCCCUACAUCACCAUCUCUACUCCCGGCAUACUCAGACUUGGGUGUUCAACGUGUUCAGCUUAAUAUGCAUCAAGACAUGGUGCAGGAUAAGUAUGCUCAACCACGACUUAAGCUAGUCAAAACACCAUGGGAGGCAGCUUUAGAAACGGGUUCAGCCAGUUCUGCUUUUCAAGAUAUACAUCAUGGCCAACAAGAUUUUGUAGGCGUACCGGCUUCAAGUGCACCAUCUAGUUUUUAUACGGAUAAUGUGCCACUCACUGAGUCGGCUCCAAAGAAAUUUCCAAUCUCCAAGCCGUCCGGUUACUUACCAAGCAGUCAACGUGAUCUAGCUUACAAGCCAAGUGUACCACAAGGCUGGAAUGCUCCACCAUUAGCUCUACCAAAAGAUUCGUCACAAAAUAAUUGCAACCAUACAGAGAAUCAUGAAGUUCCGCCUGCUAGCAAUUCUGACAAAAGUGUCCAAAUCUCAUCCUCGUCCUCUGCUUCAUCCUCAUCCCGAGAAACAACUAUUCAACUACCAGUUGGAAAAAGUAUCGAAGAGAAUUAUGGAAUCAAAGUGGAAAAUUUCGGUCAAACUGAUGAAGAAGAAAUAAUCCGAUAUACCACAAAAACCAAUACUACAAAAGCUACAUCGUCUUCUUUGCAUCUUCAUCAAAGUGUUGUAGAUUGUAUAGCUAAAAGUCCUGAACUCAUGGUUGCAGAAGCUAAAGAUAAUUACUUGUACUUCGACAAUACAAUCAAGGAGCUUGAAGCGUCUAUUAUCAAACCAUACCUACAAGAAACUACGGGUAAUGCAACUAAGCACGCCCAAAAACAGCAUAGUCAAUUUGUCCCAAAUUCUUCCAUCACUGACCUGAUGCACCUGGAAAAAGUCAAAAGGGAGGAUAGCAAUAGUGAAACUCAUCACCAAAUUGUACAAAUUCAAAAUGGAAAUGAUGAAGAUUCAGAGGAGUAUAUAAAAAUGCCAGUAAAGGAUCUAAUCAGUUCCUUCGAAAAGCAAAGUCAAAAGUUAAUCGAGCGUCUAGAGAAGCCAACACCAAUGAAAACUUUACCUGAAAAAUUGGAUACAAUCCCCGAGCAAAAGCAAGCUGAUGGUCAAAACGAAGCUUACAUGAAAUUCCAAGACUAUACCAUUUCGCAAACCGCUAAUGAUCCCAACAACGCCAGCAGCUCAUUGAACCGGGAGAAAGGUCUCUAUACACCACCGGAAAUCCCCUUAGAUAGCUAUGUGCCCCCGCCGCAGCAGCAGCUACCAUCUACAUCGUUAUACUCCAAGCCGUACCAACAGCCACCCAUCCAUAUAGAAACAGCACCAGCACUACAACCGGAGCCAACAUCUUUCCCGUCAACGUACCCGGCGCCACCACCCCAGCAAACUGCCUCUAAAUUCCCGACAUAUUCACAGCCAAUGACAACUUCAUACCCACCUGUAUCCCCGGCUGCACUUCAACAAAAAUAUCUCUACAAUGCUUCUAGUACUCACGUUAAAAAUGCUUCUCCGGCACCAUUCAACCCUUCCCCCCUACCUUAUGAUAAACUGGCUAAAUUCGAUCAACCAUCAAACGCCUAUAAUUCGUCUAUAUCAGCACCACCAUCGAUCCGUAAGCCUCUAGCCGUAUUUCCGAACAAAGUUCGAAAUACUUCCCCAACUCCCUUCGGUGCAGCACCACAACCUUCAGCUAAGGCUCCUAGCUAUCAAUCCCCACAGAUGCCAUCACCGACAACCAUGGCUAACCAACACCAAUCCUCCAACUAUUAUGGCGCGUCUUCCAACACAAUAUCGGACAAGGUUGCACCACAUCCUUAUCAUCCACCCCCGGAGGAUCUCUACUAUGCCAAUAGCUGUCAACCAAUACCGACUAGUUUGCCACCACCCACGAUUGCCGUGGAUAUGUCCCAGUGUCAGAACUACAACACCGCUCCAAGGGGAUGGAAUCAAAUGAGAGACUAUUAUAGGCCGAUCACAUUCAGUAAAACUAGACAAGCCACCGCUUUACCCUACACUGAUUUCUAGAAUCCAUUUUAAAUGUUUUCAGUAGUACAGGACUAUCGAAUCAGCGAAUAUUACUAUAAACAAUGCGUGUUUACGGUAUUUCUAGCAAAAAGCUUUUAGGAAUUAAAACUCAACACCGUCUCCGUCGCUAGUAGUAAUUUUUUAUUCAGCAAAUAUCGAUAUUUCGGGAACAACUUGUAUACACUCCACACUGAAGAAGGGAACAAAUUGUUCCCGAAAUACCGAUAUUUACUGAAUAAAAAAAUCUAUUAGCGACGGAGACGGUGUUCAGUUUCAGUUCCUAAAAGGACAUUACUAGUAUAAACCCGAACCUAGGAUCAAUCCGAUCUUAAACGAGCUGCUCCUGCUGCUAUACUAGAGAGACUAAUCUGCCAUGAGUGAGGUUGCUUGCAAUUUCUAGCUUUCGUUUUAGUAACUUUUUUGGGAGGAUCGAAUUCGAUCAGUUAGUUUUCUUUUGCAGUUGUUUUACGGUUGUUAAAGGUCUGUUUUGUUUUGUUAUCAGACGCGCACAGUUAUGCAUCAAAAAAGUGUAACACUAAGCGGAAAUGGGAUUGUUUUGCUGUCGUUGAAUUGUGCUAAGAAAAUAUAUAAAAUAAUUCGUUUGUUAAUGUAUCAUAAUUGAAUCAAUAUAUUGUGUUAAUUCAAAUCAUAUUUAAAAAUAAUUUUGGCUGAUAAGCAGCAGUUGAUCAACUAACUGGUCUUCGAUAACCGUUGAGCUGAGCUGAUUGUUACGAUUCCAAUGCUGAAGUUACAGGCGUCUAAAGCUUAUUACUUUAACUGAGUCCAACAACCAUCUCAACUUGUAACAGUUUUCUUAUCUUUUACUUCAUAGUUUAAUUAGAUACGCUUAAACUGGAAAUCUGUCUGUAGGCGAUCCUCAAAAAGGUGGUAGUCUAGUUCGCCCCUCUGCAAACUUUCUUUGUUAAAUUCGACAAAAUAUGGAAUCUGAAUGAAAGUUACAUUUAAUCCGCCUUUCUCCUUUCCAUUAAUUUCGAAUUUCCCUUUUAGACGAAAAGCUGAUUUGAAAAUUGUUAUAUUUAAAUUGGAAAUGAUAACUAAUAAUUGCACUUCUAACGAAACUGGAGGAGAAAUUUCUUAUUUUAUUCUCCUACUUCCAACUCACUCUCAUGGAGAAUUAAUUAAAAAAAAAUAUAUAAAAUUAAUGUCGAUAAGCCGAACGCCGGAGAAAGGCAAAAAAAAAGUAAAAAAAAAAAAAAUAUUAUUAAGUUUUACUUUCCGCCAAAUCCCUAACAAUAUAACCCGAAAUGGAAGGAUACAUGUGUGUAUAUUUUGUUCAGUUUUAUCGUUAAUUUCUAUAUGUAUUAUAUUUCACGGAAAAUAUGUAAGAAAAUACGUAUACUACCGAUUAUACAGGGAAAAUGAUUAUCUUAAAUGUUAUUCUAAUAAAGAACUUCACCGGA